AUGAGUCUGAGCGAUUCUACUCGCCACUCCCCCAUGGAUAAAGAAAACGCCAUUGAGCCGGACCGAUCGCUGAGCUCGAACGAGCUCGAUCAGAACUCCGAGGAAGCGACCUUUGCACCGAUCACGGGCUCGACCAACGAAGACCGGCGCAAUGCGUCUGUUAAAAAACAUCGCUCCAACACCUCCCGCUCGUUGGAACGCAGCUGGUCUUUAAAUGACGGAACGAGCAUCGGUGGCAAUGACCCCGAGAUGGCGCCGACUCAUGAAGCCGGAGAAAAGGACGAAAGCUCGGAAUAUACUGUGGGCUGGGAUGAGAACGACCCGAUGAAUCCGCGGAAUAUGAGCAAGGCCCGGCGAUGGUUGGUGGUUAUUAUUGUCUCCAUCGGAUCGGUUUGCGUGACUUGCACCUCCUCUAUGUAUACCACUACAUACAGCCAAAUCAUGAAGGAAUUCAACUGCUCCCAGUUGAUCGCCACUCUCGGCCUGUCAUUUUUCAUUUGGGGUCUCGGAAUUGGUCCUCUGUUUCUUAGUCCUCUGUCCGAGUUCUAUGGCCGCCGGAUCAUCUACAUUUCAUCAUUCACCCUAUUUCUGAUUUGGCUGAUCCCAUGCGCGGUAGCCAAAAACAUCGAAACCAUGAUCGUGUGCCGAUUCUUCAACGGCCUGGCCGGGAGCGCAUUUUUGAGCGUUGCCGGUGGAACAGUGGGCGAUAUGUUUGACCGACAUGAACUUGCCUUUCCCAUGAUGCUCUACACUGCGAGCCCGUUUGUGGGGCCCGAAGUUGGUCCUCUCGUCGGUGGCUUCAUCAAUGAUUUUACCUCAUGGCGUUGGACCUUCUAUGUGCUCCUGAUUUGGACUGCUGUGUUGCUCGUCUCGAUGAUUUUCCUUGUCCCGGAAACCUACCACCCAGUCCUCUUGAGGCACAAGGCGCAGAAAUUGCGCAAGGAAACCGGCGACGACCGAUGGAAGGCUCCGAUCGAGAAACUGGACCGGUCAGUGGCGCAAACGGUUCUGCGAUCCAUGUACCGCCCCGUGCUUCUCCUCGCCAUGGAGCCCAUGUGCCUGAAUCUUUGCAUUUUCUCGGCCAUCCUGCUGGGUAUUCUUUACCUCUUCUUCGGAGCGUUUCAGCUAGUCUUCAGCAACGUAUAUGGACUUGGGCUCUGGCAGCGGGGCCUGUGCUUUAUCGGUCUCUUUGUUGGCAUGGUCAUCGCUAUUCUGACGGAUCCCAUCUGGCGCCGGAAUUAUAUUCGCCAGGAGCGCAACCACGAGAAAGCUACGAAUAAGAUCAAUGACGUUCAGCCUGAGUGGCGAUUGCCCCCAGCAAUCCUGGGAGGACCUUUGGUCACGAUAGGGCUUUUCAUCUUUGCCUGGACAAUUUACCCCGACGUUCACUGGAUUGCGCCCAUUAUUGGUAGCGCCCUCUUUGGUGCAGGGACAAUCCUGGUCUACUCGGGAAUCUUUACAUUCCUGGUCGAUGCGUACCCUACCUUUGCCGCCAGUGCCCUGGCGGCCAACAGCUUCACUCGAUCAACCUUUGGAGGCAUCUUCCCCUUGUUUGGGAUCCAAAUGUAUAACAACCUUGGGUACCACUGGGCCACCUCUUUGUUGGCGUUCCUUACCCUAGCCAUGACCCCUUUCCCGUAA